UGAGAGGGAAGUGGGCGGGGGCGCGGGCACAGUCGCUGGAGUGGCCGGCGGCCGCGGGGUGCAGGCCUGGUGGGAGCCCCCGCGGGCCGGGCCGGGAUGAGCCAUGGCAUCGGUCAAGGUGGCCGUGAGAGUCCGGCCCAUGAAUCGCAGGGAAAAGGACCUGGAGGCCAAGUUUAUCAUUCAAAUGGAGAAAAGCAAAACGACAAUCACAAACUUAAAGAUACCAGAAGGAGGAACUGGGGACUCAGGCAGAGAACGGACCAAGACCUUCACCUAUGACUUCUCUUUUUAUUCUGCUGACACAAAGAGCCCAGAUUAUGUUUCACAAGAAAUGGUUUUCAAAACUCUGGGCACAGAUGUCGUGAAAUCUGCAUUUGAAGGUUAUAAUGCUUGUGUCUUUGCAUAUGGGCAAACUGGAUCCGGAAAGUCCUACACUAUGAUGGGAAAUUCUAGCGAUUCUGGUUUAAUACCUCGGAUCUGUGAAGCACUCUUCAGUCGGAUAAAUGAAACCACCAGAUGGGACGAAGCCUCUUUCAGGACCGAAGUCAGCUACUUAGAAAUUUACAACGAACGUGUGAGAGACCUACUUAGGCGGAAGUCAUCUAAAACCUUCAAUUUAAGAGUCCGUGAGCAUCCCAAAGAAGGACCUUACGUUGAGGAUUUAUCCAAGCAUUUAGUCCAGAACUACAGUGACGUGGAAGAACUUAUGGACGCAGGGAAUAUCAACCGUACCACUGCGGCGACCGGGAUGAACGACGUCAGUAGCAGGUCUCACGCCAUCUUCACUAUCAAGUUCACUCAGGCAAAAUUCGACGCUGAAAUGCCAUGUGAAACAGUGAGCAAGAUCCACCUGGUCGAUCUUGCUGGAAGUGAGCGUGCGGAUGCCACCGGUGCCACUGGGGUCAGGCUCAAGGAAGGGGGCAAUAUAAACAAGUCCCUCGUGACUCUGGGAAAUGUCAUUUCUGCCUUAGCUGAUUUAUCUCAGGAUGCAGCCAACCCUCUUGUGAAGAAGAAGCAAGUUUUUGUGCCUUACAGGGAUUCUGUUUUGACUUGGCUGUUGAAAGAUAGCCUUGGAGGAAACUCUAAAACCAUCAUGAUUGCCACCAUUUCACCUGCUGAUGUCAAUUAUGGAGAAACCCUAAGUACCCUUCGCUAUGCAAAUAGAGCCAAAAACAUCAUCAACAAGCCUACCAUUAAUGAGGAUGCCAACGUCAAACUCAUCCGUGAGCUGCGAGCUGAAAUAGCCAGGCUGAAAACCCUGCUCGCUCAAGGGAAUCAGAUUGCUCUCUUAGAUUCGCCUACAGCCUUAAGUAUGGAGGAAAAACUUCACCAGAAUGAAGCAAGAGUUCAAGAAUUGACCAAGGAAUGGACAAACAAGUGGAAUGAAACCCAAAAUAUUUUGAAAGAGCAGACUCUGGCCCUCAGGAAGGAGGGGAUUGGUGUGGUCCUGGACUCUGAGCUGCCUCACUUGAUUGGCAUUGAUGACGACCUUCUGAGUACUGGGAUCAUCUUGUAUCACUUGAAGGAAGGCCAGACUUAUGUUGGCAGAGAAGAUGCUUCAACAGAGCAAGAUAUUGUCCUUCAUGGUCUUGACUUGGAGAGUGAGCACUGUGUCUUUGAGAAUGUCGGGGGAACGGUGACUCUGAUACCACUGAGUGGGUCCCAGUGCUCCGUGAACGGUAUUCAGAUUGUGGAUGCCACACAGCUAAAUCAAGGUGCUGUGAUACUCUUGGGAAGAACCAACAUGUUCCGCUUUAACCAUCCAAAGGAAGCUGCCAAGCUCAGGGAGAAGAGGAAGAGUGGCCUUCUGUCCUCCUUCAGCUUGUCUAUGACCGACCUCUCCAAGUCCUGUGAGAACCUGUCUGCAGUCAUGUUGUAUAACCCUGGUCUUUUCCCUAUAAAAGGACCCAUCUGUCUAAGACUUGAAUUUGAGAGACAGCAGCGUGAAGAACUUGAAAAACUGGAAAGCAAAAGGAAACUCAUCGAAGAGAUGGAGGAAAAGCAGAAAUCGGACAAGGCGGAACUAGAGCGAAUGCAGCAGGAGGUGGAGACCAGGCGCAAGGAAACCGAGAUCGUACAGCGGCAGAUCCGCAAGCAGGAGGAAAGCCUCAAACGCCGCAGCUUCCACAUUGAAAACAAGCUUAAGGACCUGCUGGCUGAGAAGGAAAGGUUUGAGGAAGAGAGGCUCCGGGAGCAGCAAGGCCUUGAACAGCAGAGGAGACAGGAAGAAGAGAGCUUCUCCCGCAUCAGAGAGGAGCUUCGCAGGCUCCAAGAGCUCAACAGCCAUGAGCAGGCCGAGAAGGUUCAGAUAUUCCAGGAGCUAGACCGGCUGCACAAAGAACAAGAUGCCCAGAGCACCAAGCUGCAGCUGGAGAAAAGGAGGCUGGAGGAGCAAGAGAAGGAGCAGGUGCUGCUGGUGGCACAGCUGGAGGAGCAGCUGCGGGAGAGGCAGGAGACUGGUCCACUGCUGUGUCCUGGAGAGGUCCAGCGGGCCCAGGAGGAAAAGAGGGAACUAGAAGGCAUCCAGGAAGCCCUCUUGCAAGCCAAAGAGGCUGGAGCACAAGGGGACCACAACUGUGGGGAUGAACUGGAAAGGGCUCAGCAGUACUUCUUAGAGUUCAAGAAAAGGCAGCUUGUCAAGCUAGCAAAUCUGGAGAAGGACCUGCUCCAACAGAAAGACCUCCUAAGCAAAGAAGUCCAAGAAGAGCAGGAAGCCCUGGAGCAUGUAAGAUGUGAAGUCCAGGAGGAACGUAGCUUGUCGGCAACAGAUAACAGUAGCAUCCCUUUCCGGCCUGAAGGUCUAGAGAAAAUAAAGACUGCACAGUCCAGGCUACAGAGUAAAGAGCGCCAGCUGAGGGACCUUCUGCAAAAUCAUUUGCCAGCUCUGCUGGAAGAAAAGCAGAGAGCUCUUGACAUCCUUGACAGAGGCGCCCUGGGCCUAGACAAUACACUCUACCAAGUAGAGAAAGAAAUGGAAGAAAAAGAAGAGCAGAUCACACGGUACCAGGAGAAUGCUAGCCAGCUGCAGCAGCUCCGGGCCACCUUCGAAUUCACAGCUAAUGUCGCCCGACAGGAAGAGAAGGUGAGAGAAAAGGAAAAGGAGAUUCUGGAGUCCCGGGAGAAGCAGCAGAGAGAAGCAUUGGAGCAGGCCGUGGCCAAGCUAGAGCAGAGGCACUCUGCCCUGCAGAGGCGCUCUACCCUGGACCUGGAGAUCCAGGAGCAGAGGCAGAAACUUGGCUCUCUCCACAGCAUGGAGCAGCCAGGACUGUGGGCCAGUCUGGAGGCCAAACAAGAGGUCCUUGAGAAGGACCCUGCAAGGUCAGAACAUGAUAUCCACCAGCUGAAACAGAAGAUCUGUGAGGUGGAUGGUGUUCAAAGACCUCAUCAUGGGACCUUAGAGGGAAAGACUUCUCUUUCCAGCUUGCUACCCAGUGCUGACAACUCUCAUCUGGCUCCACUGAUGGAUGCCAGGAUCAGUGCUUACAUUGAGGAAGAAGUCCAAAGACGCCUUCAUGAUUUGCACAGGGCAGUUGGUGAUGCCAGCCAUGCACCUGCUGAUGUGAUGAAGAGUAAUGAGGAACUUCACAAUGGCACCACACAACGUAAGCUAAAAUAUGAGAAAAGGCCACCUUGGUCUGCACGGUGUGUUAUGCCACUUCUGCCCAAAGAUGACACUGACUCUUCCAGCAUCCUUAGAGAAGAAGAGAGUGAAGUGGAUCCAAGCAUCCCCUGGAGCCAUCCUAUGUCACAGAACACCUCACUCCCCACAACUUUCUCCGUGGCCUCCCAAGAGAGACUGGUUCUGUCCUCAGGGCCUGAGGUACUGAAGAACACUGGUGACAGACUCUGUUACCUUAGGAGCUCUGGCCACCUUGAACUAAAAUGUGUUCAUCUGUCUGAAAUCACCUUCCUUAAUGGAAGCAACACUAGAGAUGCACAGAAUUCUCAGAGGGAAUCAGAAAAUGGCAGUGAGCUGAUGACUCAGGGAGAGAAACAAAGCUGGGGAAUGGAGUCCAGCUGGACAUUGCUGCAACACAUGUCCCAGCAAGCGCCAGUAGACAGAGGAAGCCAGCAAGCGGUGCAGAGCAGGAUGCAGUGCUUUGUUCUCUCUGAAAGCAUUUCUCAAAAGGAGCAUCCCACUGGCAGCUCUCCUCAGAGCACAUCAGCCUCCACAUUGUGUUGUGAGCAACAAAAUGGGAAAGAGGUAGAUGCUGAAAACACUCGCUUUCCAGCAUCACUAGUCAAUAUCAGGACAGAAGCAAAGAAGGGGCUGGGGUAUUUUUACCACAAGUUCUCAGACCUGUACAAAGACACCAGUGGUCACCUGAUACAGGCUGGCACGAAAGUAAUGAACCAAGCCAAGUAUGUGGGGAAUAUGUGUGACUCAGGUAGGCUGGCCUCCCAAGUGACAACCUUCAUCAGAGGCCUGCCUUUAUUGGAGCGCUUAUCCCUACACCUGCCUAUGAGGUCACUCAUGGUGCCAUCUGAUCCUCUUCCUCUUUCUGAAACUCAGAUUGGCAGCCUCAGCAGUGAAGAUGGAGGGAGCCCAAGGUCAGCCAAGGGCACAGCACCUUACACAGACUUGGCCUUCACAUCUACAGGCUCACCAGAUUCCUGGCCAAAUUCAGUUUUCUGUCUUGAUUAUAAAGAUGCUGGGAAGAUCACAGCGUUUAAGCAGACCCUUGUAUCAUUCCCAGAGCAAAUGCAGAGGCUUCAAGAGUACCCUCUCACAGACCUCCUUGAGCACAUGUCCUGUUCUCUGCCAGAGCCUUUGGGCAUAGUGAAGGCAGUCAAAGGCAUUUACUGGCUCGCAGUUGCUAACUGCACCCAGCCUGACCCCCAAGCUGCAUGCUUGCUCCUGCUACCUUCAUCUCUGUAUGCUCUGGUCCUAUUAGAUAAUUGCUCAGCCUCCAUGAGCAUCUUUCAUGUUCUCCCUCUCUCUGCACUGCAGGAGAUUCAGGUCGGCUUUGGUGGGCAGAGCAUUAGACUCCUUGGCCCCACACAGGACCUCUUGCUUACUGUGCUAACUUACAACAAGAGCCUCUCUCAACAGCUCUGCCAGGACCUCCUGGGUGUGCUGAUGGCUGGGUCUGAAGCUGCUGCCCACGAAAGUCACCCUUUGCUCCAGCAGGACCUGGUUCAGCUUUCUCUUGAUUUGGAAGCAAAACUCCCUGCUCUAGCUUUGGCAAAUGGAGUUCAGUUGUCUUCCAAUUUCCAGACAACCUUGGUUGAUAUGGUUUACUUUCUUCAUGGAAAUAUGGAGGCCAGUGUUCCUUCUCUGGCUGAAGUUCGGUUACUGCUCUAUACCACAGUCAGAUUGGAGAGUGAAGCCAGUUGCACCCCCUGCCCGUCAUUCAUCCUUCUGAACACCCACAUGGCACUCUUGAGGGAGGACCGUGUGUUUUACCCCCACACUCACUCUUUAAACACACUUCCUCCACAUGGGCGAUUUGAUGUGAUCAGGUGUCAAGCUCUGAGUGAAUUCAGAUGUGUCAUUGUUCCCGAGAAGGACAAAAUGUCAACGAUAGAGCUGGUCUUCGUCAGGAAACAUGGGCUUCCUUUGAACACAGGAAGUGGUCUAUUUGAACCGGGUCAAGUUGCCUCAAGCACCCAGAUGCUUACUGCAUUGUGUCCUCAGGAUGGGCAGCAUGAAGAACUUGAUGUCUGGAAACUCACUUUCAAUUCUCAUGAUGAGGCUCUUUGGCUGAUCUCAUACUUAAGAAGACUCUAAACUUUUAAAGAUACAGGGCAUUUUCUUUUAGACCUUUAAUAAAAUGAACAUUAUGAAAAAUAGUCAUGAAAAUAUGAAUAUCUCAAUGUAGUUAAUUGAAUGGGAAUGAAGCAGGACUCUAAAAUUGGAAGUAUAAAUAUUUUGAAUAAAGCAAAAUGAAAAUAGCUUAUAGCAGAGAACUGGAAAAUUAUCCUUAUUGCCACCUGCUUUAUUGUCUUGAAACUAAGACUGUAAAUUUGGAUCUACCCAAUUAUUGAUGAAGUGGUUAAAGCAUUCUGACUGCUUGGCUUAGUGUCUGUUUAUGGUGUGGUGGCUUGGAAUCUGGGGGUGCCUGCUGGCAUCCAGUGGACUAAUUUGUGCUGGCUGGAAAGGUGCCCAGUCUGGCAGUGACCUUCACUGACACCCUCCAUGCUGGCCAGGAGUAGCACAGCUGUGAGGCAGAGCGCAUUGCCGCUACCUUUAACUUCGCCAGCCCAUCCCCCAUACAUAACCUUUACCAUAUUCUCUUUCUUUCUCUGAACUUUUGCAUUUUUAUCCCAGAAGGGCUCCUCAUCUUGUUGCAACAUUUUUGUGGAUUAUUUCUGCUGUCUUGUCAAAUACAUGGCUGCCCAAUGUCACCCAAGUGACAUUCAGUACUCUGCUGUGUCUUCCAUUCUUCCUGCCGCUUGUCUAGCAUCACUCAGGUCCUCUAAGACAGGUAUUUACUGGCCUGAGGUAGAUUUACAACUAUCCAUGCUUGCUAUAUUCUUCCUUUACUUUCUGUGUGGCAAUCCGAUGAGCAAUCGGAAAACAUGUUUGGAGUUAAUUUAUACCAUCCAGUUACUUUGCCAUUCUCCUUUCUCUUGGAUGUAUGUCCACUAAAUUCCAAAGUCUUAGAAGCUAGUCGGGGGGAGGAACCUCCUUUCUCCAUUUGCUCCCCUUCCUCUCUUAGCUGGGCCCAGGCUCGGCAUACUGUGGACAGUUGAGUGAGUCCCUCAUUUCAUUAAACCACUCAUUUUAGCUUUGGCCUUGAAGGGCCCUUCUGUUCUGGUCACAUUUUUGGCUAAUGUGAAAUAUAAAUGUGGGCCCUUUAUUUCUGCUACUAACUGAUGAUAGGAAUGAGUCAAAACCUAACCCACCCAGAAACUUACCAACUGCUUCUCGUCAGACUUGCCAGCAGAGAGUGACAGGCUAUUGAAGCGUUUCUACAUUUCCAUCUGUUUUGCUCUGUGUAGACUCUGGGGAAGUGAACAGGAAAACACAGAACUGCAGAAUGUGUUGUGACCUAGCAACCUUGUUUUCUGUGGACCAAUGGCAGGCUUUUUGUUUUCCAGGCAAUUGAUUUCUCUUAUUUGGGGAUGGAGUGUACUUUUGUCACUUCCAAAACACCCUUCCCCUGAUAGACUCAUACCUCAUUGCCUUACACCCAAAGGCUUUUAACUAUAUAGAGAACAUUGGGAAAAUUGCUACCACUUAUUGCUCCUGACUUUAGCUAGGUCACCAUCUAUCUUGGGGGGGAAAAAACCUGAAAUGUACCAUUAUAAAUGUCUAAUAGCUCAUCAAUACCAUUUCUCCUAAUUCUCAUUUUUCAGUUAAUAUAAUUUAUAUUACUUUUUCUUAAAUAGUCCCACCACUCUUUUGACAUAUAUCUUGGGGAAAAAAAAGAAAGAACAGAAUUAACAGUCAUGUAGAACUGAGAGCAAAAUUAAAGGUUCCAGCAGAGGGAUGUGAAUAAGCAGCAAUACAAAAACGAUCUGUCAUUUUAACAGAGACUGUCCACCUCAAAUAGACAGACUCCCAUUAUUCUACCAUGCUACAAAUAAUGACCUUUAGGGUUUUUUAUUAUAUGGAGCAUAAAAUAAAUAUAAGCAUUAUGUAAAAUCAUUAUAUUUAUCCCCACAUUCUGAGUUUCUGUAUGGUUCAGAGAGAUCAAAAUGUAACAUAACAUUGUUCUGUUCAGAUCUCACCACAUAACGGACUCAUCUCCAGAAUCUUCUUGUACCUGUGCUUGGCACAUCUCUCACUUAGGUAUGCUUUGUACCUUGACAUAAAAUAUGGUUCAUGGGAGUGAGAGUUUGAUUGAUAUGCUCUAUACAGUAGGAAUCAACAUUAUUGUAAUAUUCCAGAAGCCUGUAGACUUGCUCCAUUGUCCACGAUGGCUUCCUUUUUCAGGAGUUCCCACCCUCUGACACCCCCUCCUGCAUUAGAUCAGGUAUAAGUCUAGAAAAUGUAUGCAGCCAAUGUAAUUGCUCAGUUGUAGGCAGUUUCAAGGACAAGAAAAAGGGGUUUGUGUACUUGGUUCUCUGGCGUUUUGAAUUGUUGGAAUAGAAGCAUAAACACUUGCAUUGUGGGAAUCACUGAUAUAUUCUAGACAAUACCUCUUUGAGAACUUGAAAAGGUAAUUUCAUCUGAAUUUUAUUAAAAUGCAUCUUGCUCACAACUGCCUGUUUGAGACUUGUACUUGGCAGAGUGGAUUUAUUUAGAUUUUGUUGAAAAACAUCUUGAAACAGUUUGUCACUACAGUCUGAGUUCUUAGAAAAUACUCAUCUUUCCCUUUGGAAGGGCACACUUAAGCCUUCCAACAGUAGUAAUUAUGGUAAAUGUCUCUUACAUUUCUUUUUUCAUAGAUGCCAUAUAUGAUAAAUAGAUCUGAACCUCUUUUAUUAAUGGUUCAUUGAUGGCCAGGCUGUUUUAUUGGAUUGUAUAGUUUCAGUGAAGUAAUUUUACUAAUGUUGUUGUACAGUCUACAAUAUAUAGCUUAGGCAUCUCCAUUCUUCAAAAUGUUUGUUGUAAAAAUUGUUCUAUCCAUCAUCUGUUGCCAACUACCAAACAACUCUUGGCAUUUCAGUGGUAUAGGAAAGACAAAAGGCUUCUAUUUGUCACUGCUGAUUUGCAAGCCAAUGGGGUGACUCUACUGAAGCCUACAGAUCUAUCUGAGCUAGACUUAUGUGCCACACAUGCCUCAUUUUGAGCUCUGUACUACAGGAAUUGUUACCAUCAUGGAGGUGAUGGAAGCAUCCAAGAACAGCCACGCUGGCCUCUAUCGGUAUUAUUGCCUGUAAUAUUCUCCAUCUUCAGUCUGCCUAGUCAGAGUACUAUCUGAAAUGGAACAAAGAAGUGGAUUUUGCAGGUUGCAUUGUACCGCAGCCUUAGAGUGGCUGGUUCUCUCUACCUGCUCUCCUCGGAGUUGUCCUCCGACAGUUGUCAGUGCUUCCUCUCUUCGUGAGCAGCAGCCUCCAAACUAUUGCCAUCCAGUCUGUUCAGGAGGCACCUUUGUCAUUUUUGAAAUUUCCUUGGUAAGGAAGGUAACUGAAUGCUCUAGUUGAUUAAAAGGAACCAGUUUCUAUUGUAUAUCAUUACUCUGGCCCUUGUUUUGUUAAAAAGUCUUUAUUACCAAAGUAGAUCACAAUGGUAACAAUAAUUCUAACUACCUUAUGCACUGUAGCUUUCAAACUGUGAAGCUGUUGCCCAUCUGUUAGUCCUUUACCCUAGAAAGUUGAAUCUGUUGUCAUUUUUCACUUCACAUUGGAGGAUUUGAACCAAGAAAUGAUUCCUGUAGCAUGCCAUUCACAUAGCUUAGCAAAGUCUGAAUGAGCCAUGUCUCCUAAGCUUUAUAGACAGUAUGGUAUUAAGACAAGAUCCUUCCUGGCACAGGGGGGCUUCUCCUAGAGUGAAGGUAAACCUGCUUUGGCCAUUUUUGGCCAUUUGUCAUACUCUUACUCUCUCCCUGUUCACACUCUUUAUUUCCAAUUCCUGAUGACCUGCCUCCUUUUCAACAAUGUAACAGAUUUGUCUGCCUGGGCUUCCCCUUUUUCAAGUUGCUGGGGCAUAAUAAGAUAUAACAAGAUGACUGAUGUGUAAUAGCGCCAACUAGAACUAUCACCCUGGCAUGUGCAAUUUUAGAAAAGGAAGAAUUAAAUUGUAUGCUAUGCUGGGAAGUGAGGAGAAUUGGUAAUUUUGAUUUAAAUUAGAACAGAGUUUAAUCUAAUUUAAAAGGGGAAAAAACAAAAACAAAAACCCUGCUCUGCCUGAAUUUUUUAGCAAAGCUUUGUUAUGGGCUCCAGGAGAUUAGAUGACAGUUCUUAGGGCUGACCCUGUCAUGGUCAAGCCUGAACUGAAUUUAAACAUCUGGUACAUAAUUGGUGAUUAGGAGGGUGUUGAUGACUCCCUGUAGAAUUAGGCCACUCAGUGCCCUCACAUAGCCUACAGUGAUCUGUACAGAUACCAAUGCCACUUCCUGUCCACUUCCUCAGUAUGAUUCUUUUGAAGGAGACAGCCUGAGUGGGAAGAGAAAAUUCUAAUCUAAGUAUUCACAGUUGCAGCCUUUUAGCUGAGGAUCUAGCUACAAUGUUUUAGCCACAAUUUCUUAAGAAUAUUAUGUGCCCGCACAAGAUGAUAUUUCAUUAAGACCAGAAAAAUAUUUUAUUUAAUUUUUAAAUAUAAUAUCUCUUAUGUAUAGACAUGUAAUCCAAGUUACUGAUUACAUGCUUAUUCCUGACUUUUUAUUUCUAAGUGGAACCAUUCUCCAGUACAUUUUAAGGUUCUUGUCACAGCUUAUGUAUUUACCCCUGUUGAAUUUGCUGCUUUCUAACAGGAGGCCUUUUUAUCUCUCUGUGUCUUUCUCAGAUGUGUCACUGGUUUCCUUGUUGAGUCUAGGAGUCUUGUCCACUGCAGGAAGAGUGACUGAUUCCAAAGUAAACAAUACCAUUAUACUUAAAAGCACUCAUAAACCAUGUCAUGUGAUGUUACUCAGCAUAUAUUCCCAUGUCUAGGGUAAAACCAGGUAUUCAAAAUACAGCCACAUACAAAUCAAGAGUAUAUUUAUGAGACAUUAUAUUGGUUUUUCUUACUACCUAAGACUAACAUAUUUUUAGGAGAAUGUUAAGAACCUUUCACAACUGUAUCUGAGAAUUUUACAUUUCUCAUAGAAAUUAAAAUAAAACUACCCUGCAGCAAUGACUUGGUGGAAACAUGUUCAUUUUUUAUUUUUCUCUCUAUAUUAUACAUUUGUUCAAACAUCUUCAGAUCCCUGCCGUACUCACUUUUGAUGAGAUCAGGUGCAUACAGGGCGGUGUGGUCAUAGACUCUUAUUCAAUUCUGUUGUAGUUUAUUUCUAUAUGUUCAUUAAUAAUUUGUUUCAUAUGAAAACAGUGAGACUGAAACUGUAGCCAAUUAAACUGUAUUCAGGGGUGAUAGCAAUAUCCUAGCAAUAUUUCUAUCUCCAGCAUGCUGAGAAUUGAGGAGAAGAAUGUCUUUCUUCCCAGCAAAGGAUCUGCUGAGCUUCAAUGUCUCAUCCUGGUUGAAUGUCAGAAACCAUUGAUUAACGUCCACAUACAGGCCUAGGUGUGAGAAGGCUGCCUGUCUUCGAGUUUCUGUUACUGUGAUGAGCACCAUGAACAAAAGCAGCUUGGGGAAGAAAGGAUUUAUUUAAUCUUAAAACUAGUAGUCCAUUGUUCAGGGAUGUUAGGGCAGGAACUCAGAGAGGGCCGGAAUCUAGAGGCAGAGACCAUGGAGGAGUGCUGCUUACUGGCUUGCUUCCUGUGACUUGAUCAGCCUGCUUUCUUAUGGUACCUAGGACCAUCAUCAGCUCAGUUGGUGGCACUGCUCACAGUGAGCUGGGCUCUCCCACAUCAUUGAUCAAUCAAAUACACCAGAUGCUUGCCCACAGGCCCAAAAUAUAUGCUUAGGGGGGUUUCUUGAUUAAGAUUCCUUCUUCUUGGAUGACCUUAGCUUGUAUUAAGUUGACAUAAAAACAAGCCAGCACAGGGCUCUAAGUUGAUGUGAGCUGUACAGAUAUUUAAGAUCCAGCUGAUCCACAUAAUGCAUCCCCACUCAAUUCAGACACCCAGGAACAUUGUCAAAGGCAGGUGGUUUGUUGUUGUUUUCUUUUAGUUUCUCUUAGAGGAUGUCUGACCUGAGCCUUAAGCUACCUUGCUUGCAUUAGAAAUUGAUUUCACAACUGCAUUCUUAGAUAGGAAAAACGUAAGUAGUCAUGGGAUAGACUGUGUUGCCAGACUCAAGGUUUCAGUUCUAUGUCAUUUUGAAGAUGAACUAGAAAACAAAGAAAGCUAAGUGCUAUAGUAGAGUGGGGGGGGGGGGGAGCAGCCUCCUUGCUAGCAGUAUUAGCAACUGUUAAUUACUGCUUGGAAUUCCACAAUAGCAGUUCCUAUCUGCCAAGUUUGUGACCAGCAUAUUUCUCACCCUAUAGCUCAAAGGCUACACGUAGGCACAAAUAAUCGUGAGACAUCAUUUUGUGUCUGUAGAAGAGAUAACAUUCCUUUACUUGGAAAGUUAGGUACAAUAUGUGACAUAGAGGGGAUUGAGGGAAACAAAGUAGGAAACUUGAGGCUAAAUAUUGAUAUAUGUAGGUGAGAGCUGUUGUUUAUCAUUGAACGUGUUCUUAUAAAUAGGCCAAUUCGUUUUCCCCUUUCCAUCUUUAAAAUUAUAAACAUAUAACAUGUCAGGGGAGGUCUAUAUUUAAAGUAAUUUGGGCGUGGACUGUCAGUGAAUUGAGGUGAUUAGCAGAGCUCACAUUGAAAAGCACCUCUAAGCAUUUCCAUUUUGGUUUUUUGAUAUCAAUGACAGCUAAUUAGAUAUGCCAUGUGGCAAACAGUGGCUCUUAUUGUGGGUGACCAACCACCAGGGAAAAAUUGUGAUGCUGUAAAAAGGCUUUGGUAACUUCAAACAGUGCUGGAUAUUGACUCUGUCAGCUAGAUUAGAAGCUACAAGUCAGAAAUUGUCCAUCUCUGUGACACCCAGGGGUCUGAGUUGUCACAGAGGCAGCCAGGUAGUGCCAAACCUGUGAGUACCUGCCUGGACCCCAGCCCUUUGUCCCUAGUGAAUGGGUCAUAUAUUAACCACUGGGUUUCUUUUUCCAAAAAAAUAAUUUUAUUGCAUAUUUAUGGAGUUGCCAACACCUUAAUCUGUGCAUGUGUGAUGUACUCAUUAGCCCCGUUUAUCUUGGAAGGCCUCACUUAAAUAUUGAAUAUGGGAAUAAUGUACUUGUGUGACGUUCAUACCCUGGGCUAUUAGCCACUUGCCUCCUAGAGUGAGGUUGCCUCCCUUCUCAUUUCAUAGAGUUCAUAAUGGUUAGCCCCUCAUGGAGAUAUCAUGAAGACUGAUAGAAUUAAUGUAUGAAAACUGGUUAGCACACCCACAGUAUAUGGUAAGUAUUCAGCAAGUGCAACUAUAAAUGUGGUUCUAAUAAAGUAUGUUUUUACUGCUACCACUUCAAAAACAUUGUUUUAUGUUUUCUAAAGCUGCAGGUUAGUGUAAAUUAUGAAUAUCUGGAGAUUUCCUCCUUUUUAUACUCAAGAACUCAUUUUGAAAAUUAUUUUUUUAUACUGCAUCUUCCUCUGAUCCCUCUGGCUUCCUGCCACCCAGAACAUAAAUGCUUGUCAGCCAAGUCAAUUAUCAAUCAAGUGGAGCCUAAGGAAAAUCCUUGGGAUUUGUCUUAAUUGUCGUUUACAUAGAUUUUCACACUGCAGUGACUUCUUUA